AAAGAAAAAGAAAAAUGCAGCCGAUCCAAAGUCAGUGAUCCCAGUCAUCCCACUCUCUCCGGUCCACGUGACACCGCGUUUUCUUUCUCUCUUCCGACGGCGUUUACCAGUCUCUGUCUUCAACCAUUUCGCCUCUGUUUCUUUUGGUGAUCCUUCUUCUUUUCUUUCUCAUCCCCUUCUCCAAAUUAAACUCUUGCUCGCCUUUCCUCUUUGAACUUUAUCGAUUAAGUUACAGAAUUGUAUGAUCGAUUUCCUAUUUUUUGGUUCGGCUUAAGGUUUUUCGUUAAGGAGGGAGAGAAUACACAGGGACAAGUUUCUGGCAAUUUUCGCGCUUUUCUUACCAACAAAACCCAGGCGGUGUGCCGUCGAUGGGCUUAGCUCCACAUGCAUCACCUACCUCGAUUUUUCAGUCAUAGAAAGGUAGCCGGAGCCAUGGAUCGGAGGAGGAAACCGAGGCUCGAGCGCCGUAAUGCGGCAAAGCACAUAGACUACGACGCUGCUUCCUCGUCUUCCUCACUCGAAGACUCUACGUCUUCUUCUCUCCACACUAGAUCUCUCGACUUAACGGACCGUACGAGCUUCAGAGUGGAAGGAAACGACGGCGAUAUCGAUGUCAUAUGCCGGAGGUUGGGACUAUCCGGGCCCGAAGAAUUUGAGAUACCCGCGGUGGAGUGGGAUGCGCUAAAGAUCCGUUCUUCUUCGGAUGUUCUACCUAGGUGGGGAGCUCUCGACUUGGAGAGUCCGAAAAGAGAGGACGUGAAAUACACGGCGAAAAGUGAAGCUGUAGCUGAAUUGCGUGUGAGAGCUGUGGAUGGUACUAGAAUUGGGGAUGUAGCUGAGUUGACUCGGGCAGACCCCGCCGAGUUAACUGGGUGUUCUUUAAGCGGCGGUUGUGACAGCGGUGUUGGAGGAAGUGGAAUUAAAGGAAUUCGGCCGCCACCGGUCCUUAAGCCGCCGCCUGCAAUGAGGCUUCCGGUCAUCGAUGAUGCGUGCUCUACUUGGGACCUUUUGAAGGACUUGGCGCCGGAUGCCGAGAAAGGUCUUUCGGGAAUUUUCCAUGGUGGCCAUAGUUCUUCCGAUGAAGAAGUGGAGAAGGAUGAAGAAGAGGAAGAAGUAGUUGAGGUGGAAAGGAAAAAGGGAAAGGUGGAGAAUGUGAUAAGCGUUGGGGAGAUGGCUGCGCUGUCGGAGUCGUGUUCGUUUACCACGUCGAAUGAUGACGAUUGUUCUAGCAGUAGCACGGAGCGUAUGUCGAAUAUUUCUCCAAAUGGGAGAGUUAGGCCUUCUAUCACGUGUUGGGAAAAGGGUGAGCUUCUGGGACGCGGGUCUUUUGGAUCAGUGUAUGAAGGAAUCUCUCAUGAUGGAAUCUUUUUUGCCGUGAAGGAAGUUUCACUACUUGAUCAGGGAAGCCAGGGAAAGCAAAGUGUUUCUCAACUUGAACAGGAGAUUGCUCUUCUAAGUCAAUUUGAACAUGAGAACAUAGUUCAAUAUUAUGGCACAUCUAAGGAUGAGUCAAAGCUUUAUAUCUUUCUAGAGCUUGUAAAAGGCUCCCUUUUAAAGCUCUAUGAGAGGUAUCAUCUUCGAGAUUCCCAAGUCUCCACAUAUACAAGACAGAUUCUGCAUGGUUUGAAGUAUCUUCAUGACAGAAAUGUGGUUCACAGGGAUAUCAAAUGUGCAAAUAUACUAGUGGAUACUAGUGGGUCUGUGAAGCUUGCAGAUUUUGGAUUGGCUAAGGCUACCAAAUUGAAUGAUCUUUUAUCUUGCAAGGGGACUGCAUUCUGGAUGGCCCCUGAGGUUGUUAAUAGAAAAAACCAAGGGUAUGGACUUCCAGCUGACAUAUGGAGCCUUGGAUGCACUGUAUUGGAGAUGUUAACCCGUCAAAUUCCAUAUUCUGGUUUGGAAAAUGUGUCAGCAUUGUUUAAAAUUGGAAAGGGUGAACCACCUCCUGUUCCUGAUACUCUCUCAAUAGAUGCACGGGAUUUUAUCCUUCAAUGCCUUCAAGCUAAGCCGGAUGCUCGUCCUACUGCUGCUAAGCUCUUAGAGCAUCCAUUUGUAUGGAGACGACUUUCCACAUCCUCAGGAUCGUCAUGAAAGAUAAUUAGCUUGAUUCUUCUUUCGACGUGCAGAAAAAUUUGUCGCAUGAUAUCCUCAAGUUGGGUAUAGUGCUCUGGGAACCAGUGUUGCAGACAUUAAAUUUUGCUCAUGCUGCAGACAGUGGACACCUCGAGUCUGUUUAGGUUAUGGGAUAAAUCAUUUUUCAACCACUGGUU